AUGCGCACCGGGCGCCUCCAGGAGCGCGACAACCGCGUGAACUACGAUGCUCUAACUACUGCAGAGUUACUCGGCUCAGAACAAGACGACACAGUGACAGUGCGAAGUACCGGUACUGAAAGCGAAGACCAACGAUCGAUGAGCGCAGACGAGGAGCAGUUACAACUGGGCCAACUGUCAGCGCUGCAGGCAGGUGAGCGAGCUCGAUCCGUAAGGUUCGAAGACGACCAGUCGAUCGGCUCACAAGAUCUUCAACAGUAUCCUCGUGCCCCAAGCAUCACAUCCUCGUCGUCUUCUCCUCGAUCUCCAUUGCUCAAAAAGUUUUCACCCGUCCAGGAUCGCCGAGUUAACACAGUUCUUCUCGAAGCAUUGCACCUCACCGAAAUAUCGCGAGACGAAAUCGGCCUGAUCGAGCGCUCGAUCAAGCGGCUCAACGAUGCAAUCGUUGGUUUUGCGAUGCUAGUCGACAAACAGGUAAAGAUUGUUGGCGCACCAAGCGUAGAGGAACGUGGACGAAUCAAAGCGGAUAUUCAAGAUCUUUCCAGCCAACUGAGGGUCUCUAACGCAUUGAUAGAGAGCACAUGUGCGCGUAUGAAGAAACAGCUAGCCACAGGAAGGAACCAGCUCAGUGCUCACAGGCGAAACCUCGUGCCUCAGGGUGAAAUGGAAAAACUGGACACCGAGAUGUUAGAGUGCACUUCUUCACGCUGUAGUCCAGACCAGACUGGAAUUCGCUUUCAUCGAUCACCGCCACGACCGACUAUUGCACAAAACGUUCCGUACGGCUGCAGAGGUGUGCAAAGCAAAAGCAGCGCACCGCCGACGACGGCUGACCACGCGUCGCAAAAAAGAAAUAGCCCACCGACAACUCCACGGGUGUCGCUCAUCUGGAUUCUCAAGCCCCGCCCUGUCAAUGAUGGCGAGGAAGAAGAUGUAGCUGCACCUUUAGUAUCGAUUGAUCUGCUUACCUCCGUGCUGGACGCCGUGGGGCUUCAAGACAAAGAAUUCCUGGAAAUGAGAGAUAUAAGAACGUUCCUGCAUGGCAUUUUAGCCUUCUUUAUCGCUCGAAACCCAGCGUUAAAGUUUAUGGACAAAGCCUAUCAUCGACGUCUCAUUCCAGACUACAUCAAUGAGCUGGCUGACGCGUUAGCGAUGGACAUGCAGCUUAUUCCACAGCUCUCGGGAAGGUCAGCCAUCGUUACUCCGGUGAACGCACUGGAGGAAUAUAUGUGUGCAGAGCCCUAUCGCUUUGAUCGACUGCUCCACAAUGUCCGCGUAGAUCCUAGCGACAGCUCUACCAAAGAUUCAUCUUCAAAUGGCUCGCCACCAUUUAUAUGCCCUACGAGUCCGCUCCAAGAGCGCAACGAUGCCACAAUGAACGGCGGCAAGGGCGUCGAGAUGGCCACGAUCAAACCGCGGGAGCCAGAACUCAUCGAGACCGCCGAACAGACGCUGGGUAUGGCCAAAUUACUCCAUGAACUGGCCACGGCUGAGUGCGAGGCGCGGAACGGCAACCGCAUAUCUAUUCGGGCUCAAGUGCCGCACUCGAAGGAGUUCUCGAAAGCCUACAUCGCCUCUUCCAAGGAGCUCAUGCUUCAGGAGACAGGUUUGCAUUAA